GUAAACAAAAAAAUAUAAUUUUGUUCAAAAGAAUUAAGCAACUGACCUCCCUGAGUAAUUAAAACCAAUAAUAAAACAUUAUUUUUUCAUAAUGGUCUUGUUAAUAGAAUAAUUGUGUCUAUUACUUUAAUUAUUGGUUCUUCUAAUAUUUAUUUGGCUUAGUAUUCGUAUUGUUUUUCAGUAUUUGGAUAAUUUUACACAUGUGUGAAUCAUUCGGUAUGAGUUGAACAAUUCGAAUUUUUUUUUGGACGUCGAAAUUUUUAUUUUUCCCUAUCGAAGUGAUUAUUUGUUAUUUUAAUCAAACCAGUGAUUUCAUGUCAUGUGCCAAAAGAAGUGAAAAUCUGUAAACUUGUUUUCAAUACAAAAUGUGCUUUUUGCAGACACUAUUUGUUGAUGGACUAGCAACUAUUUUAUUUUGAUUUGUUUUUCGUCUUAAAGCAACUAAAAAAAAUCAUGAUAAUGAAUGGAACAGGUGUUAUUAAGAAACACAAGUAAUGAAGAUUCUUUUUGGGUAUACCAGGUUUUUUAAUUUCAAGUCUGUCUGUUAAUUAACAAAAUUUAUUAAUUGCUGAACAUGGUACUAAUAAUAGUGUAUACAAUAGCUGUCCCAGAUAUAAAAGUAGUAUUCUUGAACAAUAUAAUUCAUCAUUCGUAAGUUACUAUUAAUUUAUCGAUCAACAAAAAAGUAACUUUAUUUUGUUAAUUUUGGAGUCAUCUUAAAACUCACAAUGCUAUUUAAAAUAAUAAUUUCAAUGGAUGAAAAGACAUUGAAGAAAAGAUGAAAUGGAUGUCGACGCAGAUGUUCGAGCACAGUCAUUUCAUAAUACUGUACGAGAAAAUAUUAUAUUUCUUCUUCUUUACUUUCUUUUAUAUAUUUCAAGUUAUUUAUUAAUAGCUAAAUGCUAUCGGAAAGAUCGUGAUUAUUAUUGUACCGUUGAUGAAGAUGAAGCUACAGUUCAUAAAAUUAGUCUUUGGCUUUGCACAGCUGUUUUGGCUGUGUCUCUCGGAGCAACUUUAUUACUGCCAGUCUCAAUUAUAAGCAACGAAAUACUUAUUAUUUACCCGGACAGUCACUAUGUUCAAUGGUUGAAUAGUUCUCUUAUACAAGGUCUUUGGAAUCAUGUAUUUUUAUUUUCCAAUCUAUCGCUGUUUGUUUUUUUACCAUUUGCUUAUUUUUUUACGGAAUCUGAAGGCUUCGUGGGCAAUAAAAAGGGCGUCAUGUCAAGAGUAUAUGAAACUGUGGUUGUACUUUGUUUGAUAGGAAUUCUCAUCCUUGGAUUGGCUUAUGUAUUAUUGGGUCUUACAGACUACCAUGAAUCAAGUUUUUUCACAAUGCUCAAUUUAUGGAGAUAUUAUGUACUCUUUAUGUAUUCGUGCGUAUCUUUUGUUGGAGUCCUAAUAUUACUAGUGUGCACGCCGUUGGGGUUUGUCAGACUGUUUGAAGUUGUGGGAUCGUUACUGGUAAAACCACAAUUUUUGAGGAACUUAGAUGAUGAGUUUCUAGCGUACAAGUUAGAAGAAGAUAGUAUAAGAAGAAGGCUUUACAGUCCUGAGUCAAGAGAUGAUGUACAUACUCAAUCGAUUCCAAUGCUGCAACCCAUUUAUGAAACGUUAUUUGAUGAUGAAGAGCAGUGUAUAAAUAAAACUUCGACUUCUAGUUUUUUUGAAACCGGAAUACUUAAACAGAACCUGGUCGAAAGGUUGAUUGAAAUUCAAUUCCAACUACAAGUUUUAGACCAACAAAGGAAAACUUGGUGGGUAAGAAGAACUUUAUUGUAUCCUUUUGCAAUAUUAGCUCUGUUUUUUUUGUCUACAACGACUGCAUUACUGGCUUUCCAAAAUACGUUGGAAUUAUUAAUUGGAAUUAAAGCACUGCCAUUAAUUACACGGCAAUUCACUCUUGGGAUUAGUUCUUUAUCAAAAUUGGGACCAACAGGUGCAGUAGUAGAAGUAAUUGUUAUUCUUUACGUAGCAAUUACGAGUACUGUUGGACUGUACGGAUUACCAGGUGUGAAAAAAAUUAUGCCACAACCACAAGGCACUCCGCUUACACAUCUUAUCGCGAACUGUGUGCUCCUUCUUAUUCACAGUUCAGCAUUACCACUCCUUUCACGAAUAUUAGGUAUGACCAACUUUGAUCUGUUAGGCGAUUUUGGACAUAUCGAAUGGCUUGGUAACUUCCGUUUACUAUUAUUGUACAACUUUAUAUUUGUGAUCUCUGUAAUUUCUUGUUUAACUUCUAAAUUCACAACAUCUGUAAGAAACGAAUUGUACAAUAAACUACGCAGCAGUUUUAGAGGAAUAUUCGGACGACAGUACAAAGAGAGUAUUCGAAUGCCAUUCUCUGCUAAAAAUAAGUAAGAUAAAUUCGUUGUAAUCAUGACAAAUUUAAUGACUAUUGUAAUUAUUAGAAAAAAAUACAUUUACUUUCUUAUGUUGGUGUGUUUAUUUCCUAUUGCAGUUUAUCUAUUUAUA